GAGCUCGUUUGGUAAAGUCGUUUUCGUUGGUGUGAGAUUGCAAAUGUCGCGACGUUGAAGAGCUCAUCUGAAGACAUUAAUAAAACGUUAAACUCAAAUUCAACAAAAAAAUAACAUAUUAUGGAUUAAUGUUCCUGGUAAACUAAACAUUCAGAAUACCCCACAUAUAAACGAAAAUACGUAUGUAUGUACAUAUACACAUAAAUAGAUGCCCUCUUAAAUGGAUUAUAAUCAACCGUAAAUAAAAAACUACAUACUUUCGUGUGAAAUAAGUUCAGAAGCAAUUGAAACACCAGCAGCAGAACAAAGUGAUAACCGAGAACGGAUUAUAUAUACUUACAUACCUGCAUAGAAAUCCCUUGGCAAUACCAUAUGAAUAGCCAUGUGCUGGCCCGAGAAUAAAUAGUGUCAGAUGUGAACCGUUUAGAUAGUGUCGAUAUUUGAUAAAAAUAUAAAUGGGUAAAAGGGAAACUUUCCUAUGCUUAUGAAACACCAGUGCCUGAAGAUAAAGAAGUGCAAGAAGUGAGGUUCAUGAUGGAUUCCAAAAAAUAAAAUUCGAAAGAAUCCCAUGCUCCAAACGCAACUCCGUUACCAUUUACCACUAAAAUUUUAAAAAGUAACGCAAGCAAGGAAAACCAGUGCCAACAAAAAAAAAGCAAAGUAAAAUAUAAAUUUUGUGUCUUGCGGGAAUUUAUAUAUUAUUUCGAUGUGAGUGCCCCAAAGAAGUAUCCAGAAAAACUACACAACGGCCAGUUGCGAAAAGUGUUCAAGUUGAUUUUGAUGUUAAUAAAGAAAGUAAGUAAAGCUCGUGAGAAAAUCUUACUUUAAUUUCUGAGCCAAAGUAAACAACAUCAGGGAAAUAUUAUCAAAAUGACGAUGGCUGCAUGCUUUGCAAACUACGAUAUUACCUUACCACAUGGCAUAUCCUCCACGGCGCCACACACUGCUCCGCCCCAUCAUCAUCAUCACCACAACAGUCAUAGCCAUAACCACAAUCAUCAGCAGCAGUCACAGCAAACGCAUCACCACCAACAGCAGCUACAACAACUUUACCAUCCCCCGCAACAACAGCAGCAGUUGCAACAACAACAACAUCACCCGCAACAGCAUCCACACCAUUCGCAGCCAUCAAACGGUGCACCGUCGUCAACAGUUAUAAGUCGUUCGUCGUCCUUGACGGCGGCGGCGCAGGCUGCCAGAGGUGGCAAUGCGUCCACAGCGACACCCGCCGUCGCCGCCAUUAACUCAGUGAUUAGCAGCACCAACAUUGGUAGCGCCAGUAUUAGCAAUAGCCGCACUAACAGCGCCAAUACCACUAGCAUAAACAGCAGCACCGGAUCUACGUUAUCGAGUAGCCCAACGAUGGCGAUCAUCAGUGCCGGCGGUGUUGCGACACCACAGAAAGACUAUUCCAUUCCAUUACACGUAGACUGUAGCGUGGAAUAUGAAUUACCAAACCAACCCAAACCACCGGUGGGUCAGCGCGUCGAACCGUUGCUGAUGAUCCAUCCUUGCUAUUUCCGCAAAAUGGAAUCACAACGGCGCAGUCCUUUUGUUAACAACAUGCCAGCAACAGCACGUGGCAGCACUGCCUUACUGGUAAGCGGUCUGAGCAGCUCUGCGUCGUCUUCGAGCGGUGCAGCAUCCGUGGUAAUCUCAUCCGGUUCAACAGCGACCAGUUCUUCCGCCCGUCGUGCUGCUGCUCGUCAAUCUCAGGUCAUACAGCAACAACAACACCAAACUCAGCAACACAUGCAACAGCACCAAGUGGUCGCUCAAUAUCAGCAACAGUUGCAGCAUCAGCAACUGCGACAGUCAUCGCAGCAGCAGGAGCAGCAACAGAUGUCACAAAUGUCGCAACAAGCGCAUUACCCGGUGGUGGUAACACACCACCAUCACAGUCAUCACCAACAGCAAUCGCAGCAACAGCAAGCUACGCAACAACAAGCAAGCAUCGCUUCCUCCGCACCAACGUCCUCGUCUGGCUCCACAGCUGCGUACACUGAGCACGCAAGCGCAGUAAGACGCGCAGCCGCCCAACAUCGAAAUAUCCAAAGUCGUUCCGCCUCCGCCGUCGUUAGCAAUGCCAACCAAGGUCAUCAGCAACAGCAGCAGCAGCACCGUCAAAACCAAAGUCACAGCCGCAGUACCUCGACCUCAAUUGCCGCUGCCGCCACAGCAGCUGCCGCCGUUACCUCUCAAAGCCAACAGAAUAUCCUAAGCCAGAAUGCCUCGCAAUGGGACCAACUGGCAACGAUAGCGGCGCGUUCCUCAAUGACACCUGCAUCAGCAACGGUUGCCGUCCACUCGAGCCAAAUGCUUGCCCCGCGAAGCACACCCGCCUUAUUUGGCAAAAGCCUUUCCGCCGUGGGAAAACGUGACGCAAUGAUAUCGGGUGGCGUAUACAGUGCCAGCAGCUCCGCAGCGGCAACUGGAAUGACAACGCAUAGCAGCAGUAAGCAGCAGCAGCCACAACACCAAUCCGAACAAACGCAUUGCUUGCCCAAUGGCGCAAUAUGGGCCGAUGCAAGCAGCGUUGCAUCCGCUUCAGCUGCUACGUCAAACACCGCGUCGGCGCUGAUGAUCGACCGCAGCCCGAUGGCGACAGUUCCUAGCAACUACCAGGCUGGGCCCGACACGACCCCAGCGAUAGGCUCUCACUACGCCCGCGACGAUAAACUCUGCGGCAAAUACCGCCAGUACUUGCGAUCGCAACGCAUACAUCCUUACUUGUCGGCGGCAACUGCGAACGCGGCAGCCGUUGCCGCGGUGGCAAAUAUUGGACAGACGUUUCCACAAUUCGCCGCGACACCGUCUUUCCAACACCUGCAGCAAAUUUCAUGUUAUAACGUAUGAUCGCCGUGAAGCGCUUUUACGGCAGCCACGGAAACAGCAGCAUCAGCACCAGCGGCGGCAAAUUAGAAAACCGUAAAUGUUUCCCCGAGUGGAUAAGUGUGGUGCAAAACUGAGUCCAUGGGAAGACUGUCCCGGUGAGCAUAUCUUGCCGGGGAGCAGCGCGAUGUCAGUGAAGAUAUGCGAUAUCAGCGAAAAUGUUGCGAAGCUUUUGAAUUUAGCUUAUUUCGCAGACGAUGUUGAACGGAUGGAUGGUAGUCUAAAAUUGUAGUAACAUUGUUAUAUAAAAUUAUUCUUUAUAAUUAUCAAUACCCAAAAUCGUAUUUCGAUACACAAAAGACAACGUAAAAUUAAAUUUAAAUAGUAAAAUAAAUGUUGCAGGAGAA